GGCGCGCCGGAGUCAUGCCUCAGCCGUCCUCCAGCCUCGCUAAAUAGAGCAUCGUAUCUAUGUUUUGACCCGAUAAUAUCGCGUUUUCGGAAGGCUUGAUCGAGUUUUCUCGCACCGUGGGGAAGAUUUGUUGACUUCAAAUCGGAGUGCUCGAUGGUGUGACAUCGCUCCAGCGGUCAAUGAGACAAAGAGGACAAGAAGAAUCAAGAGGAGUAGCCGUCAGCUGUGGUGAUGUGGUUUCUCUGGGAACACCCAUCGCUGGGCAGGUUACUUCUUUAACUUCCCUGCCGUCCAGUUCUGUGGACUAAGCUACUUUUCCAACCAGAUUAUCACAAAAGAACGGAUACAAAACCCAAAGAGACCGACGUGAAGGUGAUUGAGUCUGUCUGCUCCUGCUGGCCUCAGAAGAUCAUGUGCUUCUCCUCCUGUGGUGGUCUCAUGGAGAGUGUGUGCCCACCCAGGUAGGAUGCCAGCCUCGCUCAACACCCGGCAUCCCCUCCUGCCCAACACCAUCUCCUUCUUCUCCUCACCUGUGAUCGCCGACGGUUCCCCACGACCCCCCAGGCUCUGCAGUGUUCCGCUCCAACAUGGUGGAUGAGCUGACCACCAUGAAGUAUGACGUUAUCAAUGCCAACACGCUGGCUUGGCUGGUCUGUUCCGGUGUGUCCAUCCUGGCCAAUACGUGGAGCAUUCUCAGCGUCAGCGCCAAGCAGAAGAAGUGGAAGCCGCUGGAGUUCCUCAUCUGCACGCUGGCGGGGACGCACAUCCUCAACAUGGCCAUCCCCAUCACCAUGUACUGUGUCAUCACGCUGCGCCGGCAGCACUCCAACUAUGAGUGGAACGAAGGACUGUGCAAGGUGUUUGUCUCCACCUUCUACACCCUCACUCUGGUCACCUGCUUCUCCGUCACCUCGCUCUCUUAUCACCGCAUGUGGAUGGUGCGCUGGCCUGUCAACUACAGGUUGAGUAACACUAAGAAACAAGCGGUCCACACUGUGAUGGGGAUCUGGAUGGUGUCCUUCAUCCUGUCCACGCUUCCAGCCGUGGGCUGGCACGACACCAUCGACCGCUUCUACACCUCUGACUGCCGAUUCAUUGUGACGGAGAUUGGCCUGGGCUUCGGCGUUUGCUUCCUGCUCCUGAUCGGUGGCAGCGUAACCAUGGGCGUCAUCUGUAUCGGUAUCGCCCUUUUCCAGACCUUCUCCAUCCAGGCGGGCCACAAAGCAGACAAAAACAAAUUCAAUGUCCCCACCAUCGUGGUUGAGGACGCCCAAGGGAAGCGCAGAUCCUCGAUCGAUGGGUCAGAACCUCUCAAGACCUCGCUGCAGAUCACGUACUUGAUCAGUGGGAUUGUUCUCAUCUAUGACUUCCUGACCGGUUUCCCCAUUCUGGUGGUGAGUUUUGCCAGUCUCAAGUUCGACCGCUCCUACAACUGGAUGGUGUUGUGUGUGCUGUGGUGCUCCAUCGCUCAGUCCAUCCUGCUGCCCAUGUUCCUCUGGGCAUGUGACCGCUACCGAGCUGACAUUCGCAUGGUGUGGGAGAAGUGUGUGGCCAUUAUGUCCAAUGAUGACGUGGAUGAGGAAAACAGCCAAGAUGGAGGAAUUCAUGCCGACUUAAUAUAUGACAGACCAUAUGACUAUAGCUCGGCGCCUGAAAUCGUGACCAUAGACCAUAAUGCCAAGUUUGAGUUCUCAACCUUAGAAAGGGGGAUCCCGCAAGGGUAUUCAUUGAGGGAACAACAGGAAGAUAAAAUGCAGUAUUUGCAGGUGCCCCCUACAAGAAGAUACUCCCACGACGAAACCGACAUGUGGACCAGCGACCGGAUCCCCUCCUACCUCCACAGGUGGGGUUCCAGCGAGGACAUGAUAGUGAGUGCCCACUGCAGCUCCACCUUGCCGCGCCACGAGAGGCGCAGGAGCAGCCUGGUGUCCUACCACGAGGAGAGCCACCACCACCAUCACCCUCACCGUAAGCGUCGGCGCUCUGAGGACAGCUCGCAUUCUCUCCGGCACCUGCCGCGCGUCGUGUGCAGCAACGAGCGCUACGAGGACGAACUGCGAUGCUUCAGUCGUGAGGAGGUGAUCAACUUUAUAGAUGAGACGCCGCUUCCGAGCCCCAGGAAAAGCCCGCGGCGAGCAUCCACCAUCUCACUUAUCCCUAAUGUGUACGAGCAUCACGCUAUUCUCCUCCCUCACUUUGCGCUCACAGACUUUGAGCAUGAGCCACAAGCACUCAGGCGACUUUCUGACUGCAAAAGAGGCAGCAGUCGGGGAAACUCCCCUGAAACCUCACCCAAGCCGGACAGACCCGGUUCUGGGAGGAAACACACCGUAGCUUCCACUUCUGGAAGAGGAUCUCGUGAGCGCCUGCGUGAUGGCAAACCAGCUGAAGUCUCCUCGGCUGGACGCAGCCAGAGAUCUCCUGGACACUCGUCUUGUAAGUCCAAGAGAGCCGGCUCGGGGGACGGUGCUUGUAGUGACUGGGGACAUCAGAAGCACCUGUGUAAAGGCGAGAGCAAAGGAAGCACAAACAGUUUUGGAAGCACACCGUCAGCAUCCUCCUCGGGGUACAUCACCUUUCGCUCUGACUCUGUGGGCUCCACCACCUGAGCUGAUCUUCAGACUUGCAGUCUAUUUCAGUUCCUAGAACAGCACUAGGAGACACUCCUGACCACUGGUGUCUGGUUCACUGGUGCCCACCUCACUCUGAGCUGGAGCUGCAGUCAGGUGGGCAGAUUGGGUCGAAAGGUGACUGAAUUUCUUGUGAAAAGGUUUGUUACUCACAGAAACGUACACGGUUUUUUUUAGGCGCUGUGAACAUUUACACCAUAGUUUUGCUGUUCGAUGUUGUUUUCCAUUGAAUAAUUUGAAUUGAUUGAUUAUUUUUUUAUUAGUAACGCAAAGUUUCUUUCAGCCCCAAACGUUUAUUUGUACAGAGAUAAUAUGUUUUAUCCCAUCCCAUAUCAAAGUCACAGCACAUUACAAAAUUGUUUUCUAUUUUUAAUACCUUGUAGAACUGCUUUAUCAACAUUGUAAGUCACAGCACAUGUUCAAAUACCCUCUUAAUUCCAAACCUAAUACAUUACAGUGUGAGACAUGAUGUGAGGACCCUAUGUUUUUAAGAACCUGCUCUAAAACCAGAUGGAAAUGUCAUGUAGUGUAUAUAAUUAAUGUUUUUUUAAUAUGGUUUGUGUUUCCUGUAUGGAUCAGGUUUUUGUUUUGAGGAUUCCUUCCAGUACUUUGUAUAUUAAUGAGAGGAGAGCAGCGAUAACCUACACUGGCAGAGAGUGGCCCCGGGGACUGAUUCGGUCUGCACAAUGCAGAAAUAUUGUGUGUAAAAUUGGCUGUCCAGUUUGAUGGUUGUUCAAGUCAAAAAAACCCAAAAAGGUUAUGCCCCAGUGACCCCUGCCUCAUGGGUAAUGUUCCAAUGUGAGAGUGUAGAUGAGGACCUCGGUCAAAUAAGCAUCCUUCACAAGCUCCGAAAUCAUUUCCUCCAGGACCCCGAUGAGUUGUUCCUUCCUCCAAUAGAACGCGGUUUACGCAUGGAUGCAAAUGGUCAUAUCUUAUACUCAGGCAAUCAAGCCAUGCAAGAUUUUAGCUCCAUGUUUUGGAGCUGAAAUUAAUUCUGAAUGUUAAAAAAUCAGCACAAUAUCGCUCUUUGGCUUGAAAGGCUGUUCUCUGUAUCUUUCUGUCUUGGCAUCAACAAUGAAAAAGAACAAAUUUUCUUUCCAAAAACAACCACUUGAUGGGCAAUUAUUUGUUUUUUCUCGAUGCAUCUUGAAAGAACAUUAUUUAGUCCAUUGAUCUAUUUCGUAAAUUUUGGCAUGUGGAUGACUUCACUUCUCAACCAGGAGGUGGCGCUGUUAAACAUGCAACGAUGCAAAUAUGGAUCAUCUCAGCUGUCAUUUGAGAGAUUCCUGUCACCUGCACUGUAUGCAUUUAAUAUGUUUGUUUUCUUCUUUAAUAAACAUCUGA